AUCCUAGUGAUAUAAUUUUGUGUUUACCCAACAAAACCUACCCAAAAAAACGAUGAUUACAAUAAGACUAUAAAAAAAAUGUUUAAGAUUUACUUUUUUUUUUCUUAGCGGAAUCAAAUUCAGUCAAAUUAGAAGUGUGCAUAUAAAAUACAAAAUAAUCGUCAUAAAUACCAUCAAAUAUUUUUACAAGACAUACAAAUUUCACCAAUAUUAUAAGAUCAACGCAAAAAUAAAAUAGUUUUGUUGUUCACCAAAUAUGGCAUUGCAAGGUUCACAACAACGUACAUCAAGGUUGUCGCAAAUGCAGAUGCGAUUCCAGCAAAAGCAGCAAGUCGAAAAGGAACAGAAAAAAAUUGAUUUAUUGGGAAACUCAAGCGUACGUGUUGGGCGAAUUUCUUCUAGUCAUGAUAAAGAUGAUACUAAACUGAUGACUAGUACUAUUGGAGCUGGAAAAGUACGUCAGAUGUUUGAGGAACGACGCACAGGUGUAGACAAAUCCUAUCCCCUGAAGCCCAUUUCGGGAAAUAUAGGAAAAAAUCCUUUGAAUAGUGAUAAAGUAUAUAAUGUUGGUAACAUUGCGAAGUCAACUCCGAAAAGCAAAGCAAUGAAUGGAAAUGUAAAUCGACAAAAACCGCCGGCUCAACAAACCGAUAAUGAGUUUCAGAAUUUAGAUAGAGAUCCUCUAAACAACUCAGUGUCUAUACAAGCAAGGUACAAUAGUACUAACCGAGUGCCAUCAUUAAAAAACAAUAAUACAACUAGCGUCACUAGCAACCAGACAACCAUUAAUAACAACAAUAGUCAAAAUGUUGUCGAUAAUACUGUUGUUCGAAAUUUUAAACCAAAUUCAACUAGUGGCAUGAAUAGGGUAAUCACACCAACGACUGCAUCAAUAAACUACCCAUUGAAAGAGAAAAAACCAUCAUUGGUAGAAACUCGAAAAAUUAUUGGGCGACAAGACGACAAGACAAAAAUAUCUUCUCCCCUUCAAAGUCCUACUAAGCCCACUUUGACUGAGAAACAAUCUCCUAAGAAGGCAUUUGCACCACCACCAGAAGGCAUGGUACAAUGUAGCAUAUGCGGUCGGAAUUUCCUUGAAGAAAGGAUUGCAAAGCAUGAAACGAUCUGUAGUAAGGCUGCAGCUAAAAAACGCAAAGUUUUCGAUUCGACAAAAGCCAGAGUAGCGGGAACUGAGGCAGAAGUUUACGUAAAAAAGGCAAAUAAGGCAAAAACCAAAGCUAUCGAACAAAAGGUAGCAAGCAAAAAAGGUGAUUGGCGAAGAAAGCAUGAAGACUUUAUAAAUGCUAUCAGAGCUGCAAAAGAAGUUCAAGCGCAUAUCAAAGCUGGCAAAGAUAUUCGUGACCUUCCACCUCCCCCUCCAAGUGAUUACAGUGAUUACGUUCAGUGUCCACAUUGUUCCAGAAAGUUUAACGAGUCAGCUGCAGAACGGCACAUUCCAAAGUGUGCAACAAUGUUACACAACAAAACAAAAAAACCCGUGGCAAAGGGAAGGCGUUAACUCGAUGAAAAGCGUUUUCGUAUGAUCAGAUGGAUUAAAAUCUCAAUUUCGAUAAAACUAAAACAAAAAAUGUAUUGAAGUUAUAAACUCAGUAUAUGUACCUACUACAUGUGGGCAUAAAAUUAUUGUUUUGAUGCUUUUAAUUAAAUUCAAGCUUUCAUUAAUAUGAUAUCUACUUUGAAAUAAUAAUAUUGUAAAGAAACAUUACACUAUAGGUCCACGUUGGAGCCAUUCUUAUCCGUUUAUAGUAAUACAAAGAUCAGUGAAACUAUUGUGCCUUUUGAAUAUUAUCGUACUUGAAAUGCAAAAGAAUAUUUUUGUCUUGGUAAUUUUUA